GACCCCGAAUUAUGACAUGACGAAGGAGAAAUCGUGGUUGAUAUAUCAAGACUGUAACAACUUGUACGGCUUGGCAAUGUCAGAAUACAUGCCGUACGGCGGAUUUAACUGGAUUGAAUCCAACUUGGACGGGUUAAGCGAAUUAAAACCAAAAUCGGAAAAAGGACGGGUAUACGAGGUAGAUGUAACAUAUCCACAUCAUUUACACGAUAAACAUAAUGACCUACCGUUCCUAACGCAAAAUAGUAUACCGGAAGAAUCAAAAGUAAAAAAAUUGAUGGCGAUAUUUGAGCGUAAAAAGAAUUAUAUUGUACAUUAUAGAAAUCUACAACCGGCGAUUGAGAACGGGUUACUAGUUGAAAAAGUACAUAGAGUCUUAGAGUUUAGUCAGUCAGAUUGGCUUGCCAAGUAUAUUCAAAUGAACACCGAGAUGCGAAAAAAGGCCAGGAAUAAGUUUGAGAAAGAUUUCUUUAAGCUUAUGAAUAAUGCUGUGUUUGGGAAAACGAUGCAAUCUAAACGUAAAGAGAUGAAAAUGGAGAUGGUAUCAUGUGAGAAGCGAUUGCAGAAACUAAUAAAUAAGACGAUUUUCAAACAUGGGAUAUAUUAUAAUGAUAAUCUUACAGCUGUGACACUUGAAAAUAAAAUAAUCACUUUUGAUAAACCUAUCUAUAUUGAAUUUGCGGUAUUAGAUAUUAGUAAAACGUUAAUAUACGACUAUCAUUACAAUGUGCUGCAGAAACACUACGGGGAAAAUAUUAAGCUUAUGUAUACCGACAUAGAUUCUCUAGUAUAUCAGAUUAUGACGGUUGACUUUUACGAGGACUUGUUGGAAAAUCCCAACUUAAUGAAUAGACUGGACACGACAGACUUGCCUCCUACACAUCCAUGCUACACCACAGCGAAGAAAAAGGUCCCAGGUUUUUUUUCAGAUGAACUAAAAGGUCAUACGAUGACAGAGUUUUGCGCACUACGUGCAAAAUCAUACGUUUUCAACAUAUAUAUGAUCAGAGUAGGAGGGGAAAAGAUUAAGGCAAAGGGUAUAAGGGAGCAUGUGGUUAAAAACCACAUGACGAUGGAUGAGCAUAGAAAGUAUUUGUUUGGGGAAGCUGGUGUGGAGAUGUAUAAGGAGAACGUAUCUAUCAGAUCGUUUAAACACCAGCUUAUGACUAUAAAAACUAAAAAGUUAACAUAUAACAGCUACGAUGAUAAGAGGGUAGUACUAGAUCAGUGGUUCCCAACUCAACAAUAG